GAAAUGCCUGCAGGCAGAUAGGAGGAAGGGUCUUCUCCUUACUGCACAUCACAACCCCUUACUUCUUACUUUUUUCUUUUUUUUUUCACUUUACCGGGUUUUUUUUUCUUUCUUUACUUUCUUGGCCAUCUUUUGUGGUGUGAAGCGUCCCUGAGCCAUCAUGAAUCCGCCAUGUGGGAGAUGCAGAAAACCAGUUUACCCAACAGAAAAAAUAAAUUGCCUUGAUAAGUACUGGCACAAAGGUUGUUUCAGCUGUGAGGUUUGCAAGAUGGCCUUGAGCAUGACCACCUACAAAGGCUUUGAGAAGAGACCUUACUGCACCAUGCAUUACCCCAAAACCUCCUUCACCGUAGUGACCGACACCCCCGAGAACCAGCGUCUCAAACAGCAGAGCAUGCUCAACAGCCAGGCGCUCUAUAAGGAGGACUUUGAAAAGAGCAAGGGAAAAGGUUUCAGCGUGGUGGCCGACACUCCGGAGAUGCAGAGAGUGAAGAAGACACAAGACCAGAUCAGUCACGCUCUCUACAAGGAGGAUUUUGAAAAGAGCAAGGGGAAAGGCUUCAGCCUGGUGGUCGACACUCCGGAGAUGCAGAGACUGAAGAAGACGCAAGACCAGAUCAGCAACAUAAAAUACCACGAGGAAUUUGAGAAGAGUAAGAUUCGAAGCGACGCGCCUCCUCCUGAAAAUAGACAAGACUACGAAGAGCAGCAGGCCUACGCUGAAAGGUACAGUCAGCCCCCAAGACAGAUGAUGCGUCCUGCUGCUGUAGCACCACCUAGUGCGGGGAGGCGCUACCAGGCCAUUUACAGCUACAUGGCAGCAGAGGCGGACGAGGUCUCUCUCCGGGAAGGCGACCUGAUCUUAGACGUGGAGCCCAUAGACGAGGGGUGGAUGUUUGGAUGCAACCAGCGCACAAUGCAGCGGGGCAUGCUUCCUGCCAACUACGUCCGCCCCGUGUGAGAUGAACAGACAUUAGGCGGCCCUCUUCCUGCACCAUUUUCUGACUCCAAUCAAGCUUCACUUUUUUGCAAAGGAGGAUAACUCCUC